AUGAGCAAUAAACACAAUCAGCAAGUAAAUCCACCUCCACCAAUGGAGGAAUUAUCUCCAAAGAAGACUUCUCCCAACAUACCGUCGACUAAGAAGUCUAUGGCUAGUGCAUUCAGCUUGGUCGAGCCAAUGGAGUUCUUGUACAUAAGAAUAGUGAAAGGUAAGGACCCUUGUGAGCUUGAAAAUGAUACCGAAACUUAUAAAACAUAUGUUGAAGUGAGAAUAGGAAACUACAGGGCAAUCACCAAAACUGUGGAAAAGACUGCUAACCCUGAGUGGAACCAGGUGUUUGCAUUCUCUAAGGAACGAAUUCAUACCUUUUUCGUAGAAAUUUUGAUGAAGAAGAAAGAUAAAGAGGGAGAAGGGGUGAAGGGUAGAUUGAUCUUUGAUGUGAAAGAGGCCCCCCAGCGAGUGCCACCAGAUAGCCCUUUAGCCCCUCAAUGGUUUAUAUUGGAGGACUUGGGAGGGGUGUGUGUGAAGGAAGAGUUGAUGGUGGCGGUUUGGAUGGGGACUCAAGCUGAUGAGGCAUUUACUGAAGCAUGGAAUUUGAAUGCUGCAGGGGUAAGUUAUGAGGAUGUUGUGAAUACCAAGGCAAAGGUGUAUAUGUCUCCUAAACUUUGGUAUCUUAGGGUGAAUGUAAUUCAAGCUCAGAACUUAGAGAUCGCGAAUAAGAAUAAGAAGGCAGAUGUUUUUGUUAAGGCUGUGUUUGGGGAUGCAAUGGCAAGGACAAAAUUUUCUACCAGCAAGAAUGUUUUGAAUCCAUUGUGGAACGAAGAUUUGAUGUUUGUUGCUGCUGAACCUUUUGAGCAUCUAUUAGUUUUGACAGUGGUGACCAAGGUUGAAAAUAAUGAGGAAGGUGUUGGGAAGUGUGUGAUUCAUUUAGGGAAGUUGGAGAGGAGGCUAGGUAGUAAACCAGUUGAUGCAAGGUGGUAUAGUCUUGAUAGACCAGGCGAAAACUGCAAGAUACAAUUGAGGGCUUCUUUGGAUGGUGGAUAUCAUGUGCUUGAUGAGACUGCUCGCCAUAGUAGUGAUACAAGGCCAACUGUGAGGCAGCUAUGGAAACAGGAAAUCGGGGUGUUGGAAUUAGGAAUUCUGAAUGCAACUGGUUUGCCACAAAUGAAGAUGAAAAGUGGGCAGCAGGGAAGAACAGAUGCUUAUUGUGUGGCAAAAUAUGGGCAGAAAUGGGUUCGGACAAGGACAAUCAUAAAUAGCUCUUCGCCUCAGUGGAACGAGCAGUACACUUGGUUGGUUUAUGAUCCUUGUACUGUAAUCACAAUUGGAGUUUUUGAUAACUGUCAGUUUCAAGGUCUUGAUAAUGCUAAAGGAUCUCGGGACUCAAGAAUUGGUAAGAUUAGGAUCCGAUUAUCUACUCUUGAAGUUGAUAGGAUCUAUACUUACUCAUAUCCACUUUUGGUCUUGGAACCUCAAGGAUUGAAGAAAAUGGGGGAGCUUCAGUUAGCCAUUAGGUUUAAUUGCACAUCUUACAUAAACUUAUUACAAGGUUAUGCUCAGCCUUUCCUUCCCAAAAUGCAUUACACUCACCCUUUAUCCUUAUAUCAGCAAGAAUGUCUGAGACACCAAGCUACUAAGUUGGUUUCAUUGAGGUUGGGCCGUUCAGAGCCACCAUUAAGGAAAGAAAUCGUCGAGGAUAUGCUUGAUUAUGAUUCACGUAACUGGAGCCAGCGAAAAACAGCAGCUAACUGUCAAAGGAUUAAAGCUGCACUUUUUAGUCUAGGAUAUGUAUUCGAGUAUGUGGAAAGUGUAAGCAGCUGGAAAAGACCUUUCCUAUCAGUCUUGGUGCAUUUGCUUUUAAUCUUCCUGGUAUUCUACCCACAACUUAUAUUUCCUGCCAUAUGCUUCAACUUUGGUGUGAUUGGGAUGAUGAAGUAUCAGUCCCGUCCUAGAAACCCUCCACACAUGGAUCCUCAAUUGUCCAGUGUUCACAGACUUAGUAAAGAGGACUUGGACGAGGAAUUUGAUGGAAUUCCAACGACUUGCAAGAACAAUGAUUCACUAAAGUAUCGGUAUAACAGACUAAGAAUAUUUGCAGGGCAAUUGCAGGUACUACUUGGAGACAUAGCAACUCAACUAGAGAGAGUACUAUCUCUUUUCAGCUGGAGGGAUCCUAGAGCUACUGCCUUGUUUGUGGGCUUCUGUAUGAUUUCUGGGAUUGUUCUUAUUUUCAUUCCAGUGCGAUUGUUAUUUAUCUUGUUUAUAGUUUACGUUUUGAGGCCUUUGAAAUUGAGGAGCAAGCAGCCAUCAGUGCCUGUGAACUUCUUUCGCAGAUUGCCUGCGAAAGCAGAUUCACUACUUUGA